ACAUCAGAAGAAGAAGAAGAAGAAGAAGCCAGCAAAGAUGGCAGACUACGAUUUGACAACCAAAAUAGCACAUUUUCUGGACCGGCAUUUGGUUUUCCCUCUUUUGGAAUUCUUGUCAGUGAAAGGAAUCUACAAUGAGAAGGAACUUCUUCAGGGGAAGCUGGACCUGCUCAGUGAGACCAACAUGGUGGACUUCGCCAUGGAUGUGUACAAAAACCUGUACGCCGACAAGGAAAUCCCACAUUCUCUGAGGGAGAAGAGAACUUCGGUUGUGGCCCAACUGAAGCAGCUCCAGUCAGAGACGGAGCCAAUCGUCAAGAUGUUUGAGGAUCCCGAGACCACCCGACAAAUGCAGUCCACGAGAGAUGGGAGGAUGCUGUUCGACUAUCUGUCGGAGAAACACAAUUUUCGUCAGGAAUACCUGGACACUCUGUACAGGUACGCCAAAUUCCAGUACGAGUGCGGUAACUACUCUGGGGCUGCAGAGUACCUCUACUUCUUCCGCGUCCUGGUUCCCUCCACAGACAGGAACGCCUUGAGCUCUCUGUGGGGGAAGCUGGCCUCUGAGAUCCUCAUGCAGAACUGGGAGGCAGCCAUGGAGGAUCUGACUCGACUGAGAGAGACUAUUGAUAACAAUUCUGUGAGCUCUCCUCUCCAGUCGCUCCAGCAGAGGACCUGGCUCAUCCACUGGUCCCUCUUUGUGUUCUUCAACCAUCCAAAAGGCAGAGACAACAUCAUCGAGCUCUUCCUCUAUCAGCCUCAGUACCUAAAUGCCAUUCAGACAAUGUGCCCACACAUGCUGCGGUACCUCACAACCGCAGUCAUCACCAACAAAGACGUGCGGAAGCGCAGGCAAGUGCUCAAGGACUUGGUGAAGGUCAUUCAACAGGAGUCGUACACAUACAAGGACCCGAUCACAGAGUUUGUGGAGUGUCUGUACGUGAACUUCGACUUCGACAGCGCCCAGAAGAAGCUGAGGGAGUGCGAGGCGGUUCUUGUGAAUGAUUUCUUCUUGGUCGCCUGCCUCGAGGAUUUCAUUGAGAACGCUCGUCUCUUCAUCUUCGAGACCUUUUGUCGGAUUCAUCAGUGUAUCAGCAUCAG